AUGCCUAAGAAGAGUGAUGGAAAAGCAGCUAGGAGGUUUUGGAAUAAGCGUGAAGAGGAAUUCCUCCUGAAUACUAUGAAAGAUUUGGUCAUUGAGAAUGCUAUGUGGAAGCUUGAUUGUGGAAUGUUUAAGGGAGGCUUCUUCAAAGAGUGUGAGAAAAAAAUCAUACUCCGUUUUCCUGGCACUGACCUGAGGGCAAGUCCUCACAUUGAUUCGAAGAUCAAGACGUGGAGGAAACAAUAUAAUCUACUGCAAGACAUGAUCCAAUCCAGUGGCUUUGGGUGGGACGAUAGUGAGAAAAUGGUACUUGUAGACAGUGAUGAUGUAUGGGAGAAUUAUGUCAGGAGGGUCUCUGAUGCCAAGGGAAUGAGGAACAAGCCCUUCCCAUACUAUGAUGACUGGCUCACUCUCUUUGGCAAGGAUAGAGCCAAUAGAAAUCUUGCUAAGGCACUGGCGGAGACCGUUGCUGCUAUGGUGGGGGAGCCAUCUACUACCGAGCAAGGGUACUAUUCCCCUGUUAUGGACUUCUCCUUGGGUGGUGACACAGAAUUUCCUCUGGGUCGUGGUACGGAGUUUUCUGUCCCCCAUAAUACUCCUCAAUCAGCUGCACCUAGCUCCUCUAACAUGGUGGGAAAGAAAAGAGCAAGAGCAGAUGACGAAAUAUCAAAGGGGCUCUCUAACAUGGCUGAAGCUUUUGGAACUUUUUUUCAGGAUGUGAACAAUACGAUGGCUGAAAUUGCACAUAGGGUAGGCUAUGCUCACGACUAG